UGUGACCAGCGGGCAAGGCAGUGAGAUGUCAGCUGGACACAGAAUCCUGCAAAAUAAUGAGGAGUCAUUGUUGGCGCUUAAUAUUUGAAGGAGCAGCCUUUCCAGCAAAUAGUGACACCCCAGCACCUCACCGAGCCCUGAUUUAUGGUCCGAGCCAUGUUCGCGCUGUUCCUCUGCAGCUGCGGUCUGGUGCUCGCCCCGGGCGCCUGGGGUGAAGCGGCGCGUCCCGGGAAGCAGCCCCGCGCCCAGUGUCCCCAGGCCGGCUGCUUCGUGGCCGCGGUGUACGAGCACCAGUCCGUCCUGAGUCCCGACCCGCUGGCUCUCAUCAGCCGCCAGGAGGCGCUGGAGCUCAUGGACCAGAACCUGGCCGUCUAUGAAGAGCAAGUGAUGGCCGCCGCCCGAAAGGGCGCACAGAUCAUUGUGUUUCCAGAAGACGGCAUUCAUGGCUUCAACUUUACAAGAACCUCCAUUUACCCAUUUCUGGACUUCAUGCCUUCUCCCCAGCUGGUCAGGUGGAACCCGUGCCUGGAGCCCCAUCGAUUCAAUGACACAGAGGUCCUCCAGCGUUUGAGCUGUAUGGCCAUGAAGGGAGAGAUGUUCGUGGUGGCCAAUCUGGGGACAAAGCAGCCUUGCCACAGCAGCAACCCCGGGUGUCCAGACGAUGGCAGAUACCAGUUCAACACGAACGUCGUGUUCAGCAGCAACGGAACCCUGGUUGACCGCUACCGCAAACACAACCUCUACUUUGAGGCGGCUUUUGAUACCCCUCUCCAGGUGGACCACAUUGUCUUUGAUACCCCCUUUGCUGGCAAGGUUGGCAUCUUCACCUGCUUUGACAUACUGUUCUUCGACCCCGCUGUCAGUCUCCUGAGAGACCCUGAAGUGAAGCACAUUGUGUACCCUACCGCCUGGAUGAACCAGCUCCCACUCUUGGCAGCCAUUCAGAUCCAGAGUGCCUUUGCCAUCGCCUUCGGCAUCAACUUUCUGGCGGCUAACGUCCACCACCCAACUCUGGGCAUGACAGGAAGUGGCAUACACACCCCUCUGCAGUCCUUUUGGUACCAUGACAUGGAAAGUUCCCGAGGCCACCUGAUAACUGCCAAGGUAGCCAGAAACCCAGUGGGACUUGUGGGUUCAGAGAACACCACUACUGACACAGACAUAUCCCAUAGCAAGUUUUUAAAAAUCCUGGCGAGCAGUCCUUUCUGUGAGAGGGACGCUCAGGAAGUGUACUGUGAGAGGGACGCCAGGUGGAACUUGGACGCUCCCCCGACCUUCCACUCAGAGAUGAUGUAUGACAACUUUACCCUGGUCCCGGUGUGGGGGAAGGAAGGCUACCUCAGAGUCUGUUCCAACAGCCUCUGCUGCUCCUUACUUUACCAGAGGCCGGCACUGUCCCGGGAGUUGUAUGCCCUGGGCGUCUUUGACGGCCUGCACACUGUGCAUGGCACUUACUAUGUUCAAGUCUGCGCCCUGGUCAAGUGUGGCAGCCUGGGCUUUGACAGCUGUGGGCAGGAGAUCACAGAGGCCGCGGGGGUGUUUGACUUUCACCUGUGGGGGAACUUUAGCACUUCCUAUAUCUUUCCUCUGCUUCUCACCUCAGGGAUGACCCUGCAGACCCCUGACCGGCUGGGCUGGGAGAACGAGCACUAUUUCCUGAGGAAGAGUGGCCUGUCCUCUGGCCUGGUGACUGCGGCCCUGUAUGGGCGGCUGUAUGAGAGGGACUAGGGAACAACAGGUGGGGACCCCAGCCCACAGGCACCGGGACCACCUCUCUGCCCCUGAGCCCACCCUAGGAGCUGUGGAGGCGAAAGAUCUCCCCCCCCAUACAGCCAGUCUCUUCCUUUGAAAUAGUAUCACUAAGACAUUUUUUCUAGUAUAUUCUACUUACAUUUAUGUUUUCCCAGUCUUAUUUUCCUCCAGCCAAUCUUUUAUGACACAAUUGGCUUUCAAAACGACAAUAAAAAUCUUCUUAUUUUUUACACAUCCCUUAA